UUCGUCGCGUGGGGACGAAAGGCCUGGCCAUGGCCACGGCCUCGGAGGGCGGCGAGGGGCAGCUCAAGACGUGGGUCUCGGACCGGCUUAUGGCGCUGCUCGGGUACUCCCAGGGCAUCGUGCUCCGGCUCGUGCUCCGGCUCGCGCGGGAGUGCGCCUCCGCGGGGGACCUCGCGGCGCGGCUGGUCGACCUCGGCGGGUUCCCCUCCUCCCCCGACACAGCCGCCUUCGCCGCGGACGUCUACGGAAGGCUGCCGCGCCCCAGCAAGCAGGGCGCGGCGGGGGUCGGCGAGUACCAGAGGCAGGUGCAGGACGCGGCGGCGCUGGCGAGGAAGCAGAGCGAGUUCAAGCUGCUCAACGAUGACGUCGACGACGAGGAUGCUGGCGUCGCCGCGGCGUCCUGUAACAGCAGCAGCGGGAAGCGUUUCAGGAAGAAGGGCGUGACCCAUGACCAUGAGGACGAAGAGGAGGGGGCCGCAUUGUCCGAUUCUGAUCGGAAGGUGCGCCGGCGGCGGUGCCCGGAGUCGGACGAGGACGCCGGCGAUACUGACGAGGAGGAAGAGAUGAGGCGUGAUCAGGCUGACAGGGCCCAGCUCGAACGGAACAUCCGGGCGCGCGAUGAGGCGAGCACGAGGAAACUGAUGGACCGGAAGCCGUCCAAGCGCGAGCAGGACGAGAGAGCUCGCCGGUCCGAGGCGAUGGACAGGGGCGACACCUCGGAGCUCAGGCGGUCCUCCCGUCGCGCGUACCUGGAGAUGCGUAAGAAGAAGAAGGUGGAGGAGUUGCGGGACGAGAUCGUCGACGACGAGCUCUUGUUCGGCGGCGUCAGACAGACGGACGCCGAGGAGAGGGAGUUGAAGCGCAAGAAGGAAAUCUACGGCCUUGUCCACGGCCGAGCCAGUCAAGAAGAGGAAGGCGCCGGCGACUACUACAGGAUGCCUGACGCCUACGACGACGCCGCGAACGUGGACCAGGGGAGGAGGUUCUCGGUGGCGAGACGGCGGCACGACGACGACGCUGAUGCGGGAGGCGGCAAGGGGAGGGCUUUCUCGGAGGAGUCCUGGGAAGAGCAGCAGAUCAGGAAGUCCCAUCUGCAGUUUGGAGCGAAGGAUCGCGGCCACGCCAGUGAUGAAUACGAGCUCGUGUUCGAUGACGCCAUCGAGUUCGUCAAGUCCUUGGCGAUGGCUGGAACCGAGCCGGAGGAUGACACGGACGAACUGGCGGAGGAAAUUGAUGCCAAGGUCAUGUUGCAGAUGGAGCUCCAAGACCAGAGGAAGACUCUCCCUGUGUACAAGUUCAAGGACGAGCUCCUCAAGGCCAUUGCCGACCAUCAGAUUAUCAUUGUCGUCGGAGAGACCGGCUCCGGUAAGACGACGCAGAUACCACAGUAUCUUCACGAGGCCGGGUACACCGCCAAUGGGCGGAAGAUCGCGUGCACUCAGCCACGCCGCGUGGCCGCGAUGAGCGUGGCGGCGAGGGUCGCGCAGGAGAUGGGCGUCAAACUCGGCCACGAGGUCGGGUACUCUAUCCGCUUCGAGGACUGCACGUCGGAGAAGACGGUGGUCAAGUACAUGACCGACGGGAUGCUGCUACGCGAGUUCCUUGGCGAGCCUGACCUGGGCAGCUACGGCGUCGUGAUCGUGGACGAGGCGCACGAGCGCUCCAUCUCCACGGACAUCCUCCUCGGCCUCGUCAAGGACGUCGCCCGCUUCCGGCCGGACCUGAAGCUGCUCAUCUCCAGCGCUACGCUCAACGCGGACAAGUUCAGCGACUUCUUCGACAUGGCGCCGGUGUUCAAGAUCCCCGGGAGGCGGUACAAGGUGGACAUCCACUACACGGUGGCGCCGGAGGCCGACUACGUGGACGCGGCCGUGGCCACGGUGCUGCAGCUGCACGUCACGCAGCCCUCCGGAGACAUCCUGCUGUUCCUCACGGGGCAGGAAGAGAUCGAGACGGUGGAGGAGAUCCUCCGGCGCCGGACAAGGGGGCUGGGCACCAAGAUCGCGGAGCUGGUGAUCUGCCCCAUCUACGCGAACCUGCCGACGGAGCUCCAGGCCAAGAUCUUCGAGCCGGCGCCGCCGGGCGCGCGGAAGGUGGUGCUCGCCACCAACAUCGCCGAGACGUCGCUGACCAUCGACGGGAUCAGCUACGUGGUCGACCCGGGGUUCUGCAAGGUGAAGUCGUACAGCCCGCGCACGGGUACCGAAUCGCUGCUCGUCCAGCCUAUCUCCAAGGCGUCGGCCGACCAGCGCGCCGGCCGGUCGGGGCGCACCGGCCCCGGCAAGUGUUUCCGCCUAUUCACGGAGCACAGCUACAACAAGGACAUGGAGGACGAGACGGUCCCCGAGAUCCAGCGGAGCAACCUGGCCAGCGUGGUGCUCUCGCUCAAGGCGCUGGGGAUCAACGACUUGGUGAGCUUCGACUUCAUGGACCCGCCGGCGUCGGAGGGUCUCCUCAGGGCGCUGGAGGACCUCUUCGCCCUCGGCGCGCUCAACAGCCGCGGCGAACUGACCAAGACUGGGCGGCGGAUGGCGGAGCUCCCGCUCGACCCCAUGCUGGCCAAGGCGAUCGUGGCGUCGGAGCGGUACGGGUGCUCUGAGGAGUUGCUCACCGUCGCGUCCAUGCUGUCGGCCGGGAACGCCGUCUUCUACCGGCCCAAGGACAGGGCGCUGGUCGCCGACGCCGCACGGCAGCGCUUCAACGCGGGAGGCAACGCCGGGGACCACGUCGCGCUGCUCAACGUGUACACCGAGUGGGAGCAGUCCGGGCACUCGGCGCAGUGGUGCCUCGACCACUUCGUGCAGUCGCGCACCAUGCGGCGCGCGCGGGACGUGCGGGAGCAGCUGGAGGCGCUGAUGGAGAGGGUGGAGAUCGAGCGCCGGUCCUGCGCCGGCGACCUCGACACGGUCAGGAAGGCCAUCACGGCGGGGUUCUUCCGCAACACCGCGCAGCGGCGGAGGGACGGGUUCUACCGGACCCUCAAGAGCUGGCGGACGGUGUUCGUGCACCCGAGCUCCGGGAUGGCGCGGGUGGUCCCGCCGCCGCGUUGGGUGGUGUACCACGAGCUGGUGGAGACGACCAAGGAGUACAUGAGGCAGGUGACGGAGCUCAAGCCGGAGUGGCUGCUGGAGAUCGCGCCGCACUACUACCAGGAAAGCAACCUCAACAAGCCGGAGCCGAAGAAGGCCAAAGCGCAUGUGCAGGGUGCCGCAGUAGCCGCGGAGAAGCCGAGUCUGAGUCUUAAGGACUUUUUCAAUGUGUAGUAAUCGCUAGCAUUACGA